UCCCAUACCAGUUCACAGUUUAUAGUCCCUCCAAAAACUGUAAUGCCACAAGGCAAAACAGGCUAAGAGUCACAAACAGAACAAAAUGGAGUGGGCUGGUAAGGCUUAGUUUGUGGGUUGGCUAUGUCAUCACAUGUUGGGACUCCCCUUGGUGGGCGGGGAAAUCAAACCACUGUUUUUCUAAUUCUUUUAUUUUUCAUGCCUCAAGUUGGGAUAAAUAAGGUUAGGUAGUAAAAAACUAUCUCCCAUUCCUACUUUCUAUUCCAAACCCAAAGAAAGGAUUAUUGCCUGGAAACAAAGAAUAUGAGAGAGAGAGCACAAGCGCGCAGAAAUUCUCUAUAAUUGUGUUCUCUUUGAAUAUGGAGAUGAUACCUCCAGAGGGCAGCACCGAGGCAGAGAACUAGACUAAGAUCCCUCAGUCUGUUUCCUCUGGGGUUUCCCAGUUUCCAAACAUCGCUCCUCCUAUUCCUUCCAACUUUAUUUUUAGCUGGCAGUGGGAGGGGGCAGGAUGGGAAGGAAACUAAAGGAAACAGAAAGGAGAGGAACACAGGCACAGAGGACUUCUCACUCGGACAUGAAACAACCUGGCAUGGAGCUGCCCCUCAUCCCUCACCUGUUCUUGACCCUGAUGUUCCUGACAGGUCUCUGCUCCCCCUUUAACCUGGAUGUGCAUCACCCACGCCUAUUCCCAGGGCCAUCCGAGGCUGAAUUUGGAUACAGUGUCUUACAACAUGUUGGGGGUGGACAGCGAUGGAUGCUGGUGGGUGCUCCCUGGGAUGGGCCUUCAGGUGACCGAAGGGGAGAUGUUUACCACUGCCCUGUAGAGGGCUCCCACAAUGCCCCAUGUGCCAAGGGCCACUUGGGUGACUAUCGACUGGGAAAUUCAUCUCAUCCUGCUGUGAAUAUGCACUUGGGGAUGUCUCUAUUAGAGACAGAUGGUGAUGGAGGAUUUAUGGCCUGUGCCCCUCUCUGGUCUCGUGCUUGCGGUUCCUCUGUCUUCAGUUCUGGGAUAUGUGCUCAUGUAGAUGCUUCAUUCCAGCCCCAGGGAAGCCUGGCACCCACUGCACAACGCUGCCCUACAUACAUGGAUGUUGUCAUUGUCUUGGAUGGCUCCAACAGCAUCUACCCCUGGUCUGAAGUUCAGACUUUCCUACAAAGACUGGUAGGAAGACUGUUUAUUGACCCAGAGCAGGUACAGGUGGGCCUGAUACAGUAUGGUGAGAGCCCUGUACAUGAGUGGUCCCUGGGAGAUUUCCAAACCAAGGAAGAAGUGGUGAGAGCAGCAAGAAACCUGAGUCGGCGGGAGGGCCGAGAAACAAGAACGUCUCAAGCAGUAAUGGUGGCCUGCACAGAAGGAUUCAGUCAGUUCCAUGGGGGCCGACCUGAGGCUGCCAGGCUACUGGUGGUUGUCACUGAUGGAGAAUCACAUGAUGGAGAGGAGCUUCCUGCAGCACUGAAAGUCUGUGAGGCUAGAAGAGUGACACGCUAUGGGAUUGCGGUCCUUGGUCACUACCUCCGGCGGCAGCGAGAUCCUAGCUCUUUCCUACGGGAAAUCCGAGCUAUUGCCAGUGAUCCGGAUGAAAGAUUCUUUUUCAAUGUCACAGAUGAAGCUGCGCUGACUGACAUUGUGGACGCAUUAGGAGACCGGAUUUUUGGCCUUGAGGGGUCUCAUGAAGAAAAUGAAAGCUCCUUUGGUCUGGAAAUGUCUCAGAUUGGUUUCUCUACCCAUCGGCUAAAGGAUGGGAUUCUCUUUGGGAUGGUGGGGGCCUAUGACUGGGCAGGCUCGGUGUUAUUAUGGCUUGAAGAAGGUUACCGCCUUUUCCCCCCACGGACGGCCCUAGAAGAUGAGUUCCCCUCUGCAUUGCAGAACCAUGCAGCCUACCUGGGUUACUCUGUUUCCUCCAUGCUUUUGCGGGGUGGACAACGCCUCUUUCUCUCAGGGGCCCCUCGGUUUAGACAUCGAGGAAAGGUCAUCGCCUUCCAGCUUAAGAAAGAUGGGGCCAUGAAGGUCGCCCAGAGCCUCCAGGGGGAGCAGAUUGGCUCAUACUUUGGCAGUGAACUCUGCCCAUUGGAUAUGGAUGGGGAUGGAACAACUGAUGUCUUACUUGUGGCUGCUCCCAUGUUUCUGGGACCCCAGAACAAGGAGACAGGACGUGUUUAUGUUUAUCUGGUGGGCCAGCAGUCCUUGCUAACACUCCAGGGAAUGCUUCAGCCAGAACCCUCCCAGGAUGCUCGAUUUGGCUUUGCCAUGGGUGCCCUUCCUGAUCUGAACCAAGAUGGUUUUGCUGAUGUGGCUGUAGGGGCACCCCUGGAGGAUGGGCACCAUGGAGCACUGUAUCUAUAUCAUGGGACCCAGAGUGGAGUCAGGCCCUAUCCUGCUCAGCGGAUUGCUGCUAUCUCCAUGCCACAGGCCCUCAGCUACUUUGGUCGAAGUGUGGAUGGCCGGUUAGAUCUGGAUGGAGAUGACCUGAUAGAUGUGGCUGUGGGUGCCCAAGGGGCAGCUGUCCUGCUCAGCUCCCAGCCCAUUGUUCACCUGGCUCCUUCAUUGGCUGUGACUCCUCCAGCCAUCAGUGUGGUUCAGAGAGACUGCAUACGUAGAGGCCAGAAGGCAGCCUGCCUCUCUGCAGCCCUUUGCUUCCAAGUGACCUCCCGUACUUCUGGCCACUGGGAUCACCGAUUCUAUAUACAGUUCACAGCACUACUGGAUGAGUGGACAGCUGGGGCCCGUGCAGCGUUUGAUGGCUCUGGCCAGAGGCUGUCCCCUAAGCGACUCCAGCUCAAUGUGGGAAAUGUCACUUGUGAGCAGCUGUACUUCUAUGUGCUGGACACAUCAGAUUACCUCCGGCCAGUAGCCUUGACUGUGACCUUUGCUUUGGACAACACCACAAAGCCAGGGCCUGUGCUGGAUGAGGGUUCACCCACCUCUAUACAAAAGCUGGUCCCCUUCUCAAAGGACUGUGGCCCUGACAAUGAAUGUGUCACAGACCUGGUACUUCAAGCUAACAUGGACAUCAGAGGCUCCAGGAAGGACCCAUUUGUGGUUCAAGGUGGUCAGCAGAAAGUACUGGUGUCAGCAACUCUGGAGAACAAGAAGGAAAAUGCCUACAACACUAGCCUGAGCCUCACCUUCUCUAGAAACCUCCACUUAGCCAGUUUCACUCCUCAGAAGGACAGGCCAAUGAAGGUGGAAUGCACAGCCCCUUCCCCUCAUGCCCGGCUCUGCAAUAUAGGACACCCUGUCUUUCAGACUGGAGCCAAGGUGACCUUUCUGCUAGAAUUUGAAUUUAGCUGCUCCUCCCUCCUGAGCCAGGCUUUUGUGAAGCUGACUGCCACCAGUAAUAGCUUAGAGAGAAAUGGAACCCUUCAAGAUAACACAGCCCAGACCUCAGCCUACAUCCAAUAUGAACCUCACCUCCUCUUUUCUAGUGAGUCCAGUCUGCACCGCUAUGAGGUUCACCCAUAUGGGACUCUGCCAGUGGGUCCUGGCCCCGAAUUCAAAACCACUCUUAGGGUGCAGAACCUUGGCUGCUAUGUGGUCAGUGGCCUCAUCAUUUCAGCCUUCCUUCCAGCUGUGGCCCAUGGGGGCAAUUACUUCCUGUCACUGUCUCAAGUCAUCUUUAACAACGCAAGCUGCACAGUGCAGAACCUGACUGAGCCCCCAGGGCCCCCUGUACAUCCAGAGGAGCUUCAGCACACAAGCAAACUGAAUGGGAGCAAUACUCAGUGUCAGGUCGUGAGGUGCCACCUUGGGCGGCUCGCAAAGGGGACCGAGGUCUCUGUUGGACUACUGAGACUGGUUCACAAUGAAUUUUUCCAGAGGGCCAAAUUCAAGUCUCUGACAGUGGUUAGCACCUUUGAGUUGGGAACUGAGGAGAACAGUGUCCUACUGCUAACUGAAGCUUCCCGAUGGAGUGAGAGCCUCCUGGAAGUGAUUCAGACCCGACCUGUCCUUAUCUCCCUGUGGAUCCUUACUGGCAGUGUCCUGGGAGGGCUGCUGCUGCUUGCUUGUCUUGUCUUCUGCCUUUGGAAGCUUGGCUUCUUUGACCGCAAGAAGAUUCCCAAGGAAGAAAAAAGAGAAGAGAAAUUAGAGCAAUGAAUGCAGAAUAAAGUCUGAGAAAGUCUUCCCUGGAAGCCUGUCCAAAAGACUUGCAAAAAAGUGGAGGGUUGGGGACUCAGAGGGGACAACAAUAAGCCUCUGGACUAUCUCCCCAGACCUGAACCCUGGCUGGACUUUUGAGUCAUGAGGAAGCUGCUGGCAAGAGAUAAGGCCUUACCUCAGGCAAGAAGGGCUAGCACCCAAACUAGGAACACUCUCACUGUUGCUUUACUCCUCAUGAUCCUGGUUCCACAGCCAACACUGAGGCCUUUUUCCCUAUCCUCAGGAAUCAAGAAUUUUUUGUCUAGGUCCCUGACUCCUUUCAGAUUCCCUCCACAUCCCUCCUCACAAUUUGAAAAGGAUGAGGGUUAUCUUCUUCUAUUCCCUGCCUUUCACCUUCCUGCCUGCUCCUCACUCCACUGGAGGGAGUUGAUGCUGGCUUGAAAGAAGUAAAAUCAACAUCUGCUGCUUUCCUCUGGAGUCUGGCCUCUCAGAAAGCCAGUUGGGGAGAGUCAACAGGAAAAGAGGAGGGAGCAGGAAAAGCCACAAGAGACAUUCUGUAUAAUUCCAAGAAACAGAGAGACCUUUACACAAGCAAAUACCGCCCCCCGAAACCUGAGACUUCAUGGCGCACUAGUCCGCCCUCAGGUGCUGGUGAAACAAAGUGCCUCUGGCCUGCUGGGUAUGGGUUUCCCAACUCCCACCAUUCCCCGGGAGCAAAGCAAGGUCCCUGAUUCUCUGGAGCCAGGGGCCUCCAGGUGGCUAGAGCUGGAAUAGCAGAGAAGACUAUACCUCAGCAGUAUUUUCUCCUCUCCUGCCUCAGACACUCUUGAGCUCUCUAUAAACUAGAGAAGGGAAAUGAGUGUUGUUUGAUGGUGGAAAACCCUUUCACCUUUUCAGCUUUGGGAAGCAGCCAUGAAGUCUGAAUGAAUGGGGUCUGCAUUAAGGAGGAAGCUGAAGUGAGUAGCCAGAGAUCUCUGGGGAGCAAGCUUUUCCUUGUCCAGCACUGUUUGAUUAGCACAAAAUGCUCCUAGGAAAAUGUUUCUAGGGCAACUUUAGUCAUACUUUGUAGGGCUUCUCUGUUGGAAUCACUUUUCCAGCCCCUACCUGAUGUUUACCAGAAAUUCUCGGGUUAAUUUCUAUCACUGGAUUACCCUCAAAUCCCUCCCAUUUGUUGGACAUGACCAGUUAAGGGAAUUGGAUUCUCAUCAACAAGUGGGUAACUUAUAUCUCUUUGUAAUCAAGACUUUGAAUACCAAAGUCAGUUAUUGGUAUCUAGAGUGCAGCACCCAUUUAGAGUUGAGAAGAGAGGAGACCUGAUCAGGCAUUUGACUAGCAGACACAGAACCUGUCCUAGAGGGACAGUUCUAGGACAGUUCCUGAGGCCAGCAAUAUUUAUUUUGACAUGUCUCUAGUCUUUGGCAUUGUCUCUGUUUCCCAGCAUGUUGGACAGUAUAUCAGAUGGCCAGAACAAAUAAAGUUCAGUGUCAAAUGACUUCUGGCUCUAUUUGAGUUGCUAGGAUAUGGACUGUUCAGGAAUGGUGAGAGGUGAUUCUUGGUUCCCCUGAAGUAAAACCUUAUACAAUUGAGUUCCUGGAAGGUAAAGUUAUGAAAUAUUUGAGGUGUUUUCUGUGACUAACCCACUGGAGUGGUGCUGUAACCUCCUGUGUAAAAUGUGUAGGUUUUGUAAAUACAUAGGCCUAGAUUGAAACCCCAGGUCUGCCAUUUAUUAGCUGUGUGGCCUUGGGCAAGUCAUGACUACCCAAAGGCUCAGAUAACAUUAGGCUGUAUAUAACUGUAGUUAAGAAUGAAAACAGGGUUGGGUUUAAUCUAAAUUAUACUACUUAAAUCUUCUUUAGCUUUGAACAGAUUUAACUUCUCCAAGUCUUGGCUUUCUUGCCUUUAAACUUGUAAGGAUUGUAAGGACUAAAUUAGAUAAUUCAAGUAAAGUGAGCAUAUGAUACAUCCUCAUAAAUGGUCACUGUUGUAAAAACAUUU